AUGUUUGCGAUGCUCGAGAACAGGAGCCAACUCAGCAAUGACCAGCUGGAUCAUACUACUCACGAGUCGUCCAAAGGCCGGAAGGCUCCAAAUUGCCCCUCAUACUUGUCUGAAAUUUCCGUGGGAUCGCCGCCAUUAUCACCGGACAUUUUUCAUCGAGAGCCGGUCCUAACGCCAAGAUUCGCGGGCUCUGUCUCGGUGCAGAACAUGUGGUCCGAGUCUUGGUCUCAAAAGCGGACCCUGGAUGAUGCCGGAGACGGUGGCAUGAAGCAUCGGCUCACUUCGGACGAGGAACGAGACAAUGUUUCACUUCAGGAACUGUUCCCGCAGCAGACAAUUUCACCCGUGAACACCCCAUCAGCCCUACGCGAGGAUCUCUUCACUCCAAUACUCCCAAACAGCGGCGAAUGUCAUUUCCCGGCGCCCCAAGAGUACAUUGUUAAGCCAAAAAAGCAUCGUACUUCAGAUAAUCUGGGCAGAGCAUCCUCUGGAGCAAAUAUCUUGACGCGGACCCACGAUUUGGCGCAGCUCAGCCUGCGUAUUUACCAGCUGCAGUUAGAAGCGGGCUCUUCGAUGCCCUCACCAGUUUUGUGCGAGAAAAUCACCAGCGUGACGCGAUAUUCAGCGUCUGUUAUGGCUCCUACUGAUGCUGGGCAGAGGUCUGAUGUUCGAAUACGUCGCCAAAGAAUUGAGUAUUCAGUCUAUGCAGCUGAGACCCCUGAACCUGAGAUAUGUGAAACGGAUCUAUCUGUCACUCUUCUCGCACUGGCAUGUUAUCAGCGACUUCUCGGCCUGUUCCAGCACAUUUGCGUGUCUAUUCACAUGCACAUGGACGAAGUUGGCUCACCCGGAUUCUCGAUUGCUCAGGUCAUCAUGACGACAGAACUCAUCAAUCACCUCCUCGAGAGUAUUGAUCGCGAUCCACUGCAGAUGUCUGCCUCAAACGUGAAUGUCGGAACUAUAUUAGCAAAUAUGUGGCCCAGGUCAAAUUUCGAGGAACUUUAUGAAACGCAAUUCAAUGGUUCCAACAGCCAGGCCCAAAGUGCCUCUAGAACUCCGACCAUGUCGCUCUCUGAAUCUCUGCAAAACCCGAGUCUGCAGAAUCUCGAGGCCGUCGUUGGUUCAAUGCACAAAAAUGACACGUGGGAAGUGUGA